AUGUUUGAUCACACGCUGACAUAUCCUCUCUUUAUCUCUCACACGACCAUUUCUAAACACAAUGACCAUCGUUCAACUCGAUCAUAUAAUCAUCUUCAAACCAAACAGCGUCAUCCACCAUUAGACGUACCACAACCUCAACCCCCAGCGGAACCUUCCACAUCUUCAACCUCUUUAGCAGCUUCACAAACUACUUCCGUGUUGACUGAGGAUGAAGAGGAUUUAGAAGAUUAUAGACCGGGUGGUUAUCAUCCAGUCAGUAUAGGUGAUGAGUUUAGUAAUGGAAGAUAUAUGAUUGUACGGAAAUUAGGUUGGGGACAUUUCUCAACCGUUUGGUUAGCUAGGGAUAAGAAUUCCAAUCGUCACGUCGCACUAAAAGUCGUUAAAUCAGAUGGUCAUUACACCGAAACAGCUUUAGACGAGAUCCAACUUUUAUCCAGAGUCGUAACCUCAUCCGAAUCUCAUGCGGGUCGUCAUCACGUCGUCGGUCUUGUCGAUCAUUUUCGACAUACCGGACCAAACGGUUCUCACGUUUGUAUGGUAUUCGAAGUUCUUGGUGAGAACCUACUAGGUUUAAUCAAACGAUAUCAACAUCGUGGUGUACCUCAACCGAUAGUAAAACAAAUCGCCAAACAAGUUUUAUUAGGAUUAGAUUAUCUUCACACUGAAUGUCGUGUGAUACAUACAGAUUUAAAACCUGAAAACGUUUUAAUAGUUAUCGAAGAUGUGGAAUCUGUCGUCGCUGCCGAAUUAGCCUCAUGUCCAGCUGCCGUACCCACAAAAUUAGUUGGUGUACCACCGAGUCAAGGUAGAUUAGGAAAUCAAACGCCUAGAAAAGAAGGUAUUUUCAUAGUUGGAAGUCAACCUUUACCAAGUCCAAGUUCAAGCUAUUCAAGUAGUCCAAUGUUGGAUAAAUACGGAUUUGGUAUGUCAAAAAUAUCAGGUGCUGCGAAUCUUUCUACAAAAGCUUCAGUUACAAAUCCUUCAAGUUUAAACCACAAAUCUACUCAACCUCAAAGCCAAUCUCGAGAUGCCACCGAUACGGCUGGACCUUCAGGAACAUCUUCCAUGAAACGUUCUUCAACAGCAGAAUUGGACAAUGAAUUAGGAAAUGUUGAUCUGAAUUUAUCAGAAGCUGAAAGGUUGACAUAUGAAAAACAACAACCUACAACAAAACAUAUCCCACAAGGUCCUUCUUUACUUUCUCAACAAAUCCAUCAUCACGAUACACCAACCCCAAUCUUAAAUACAAUCUCAAUCUCAAACUCCAGUCGUACGAUUCAGACUCCAGAUUCAAAUUCUAUCAAUUCUACAGGAUUAUUAGUCCCACCAAAUCAAGAACCUCAUCAUAUACCUGAAGAUGAAGAUAAUUUAUAUUCUGCUCCGAUAGCAGGUGAUCCUAAUACUUUACCACCUCCUUUUCCAUAUGAUCCUGUUAGUCUGGAAAAGAUUACUGUCAAAAUUGCAGAUUUGGGAAACGCUUGUUGGGUUGAUCAUCAUUUUACCAAUGAUAUUCAAACCAGACAAUAUAGAUGUCCGGAGAUCAUCUUGGGAACUAGAUGGAAUCAAAGUGUUGAUAUUUGGAGUGCGGCGUGUUUGUUCUUCGAACUUCUCACUGGAGAUUAUCUAUUCGAUCCGCAACCAGGGGUCAAAUACGAUAAAGAUGAUGAUCACGCCGCGCAGAUUAUGGAAUUGUUAGGUGAAAUGCCUCGUGCGUUAGCUUUGUCUGGUAAAUAUUCUCAUGAGAUAUUCAAUAGGCGUGGUGAAUUACGUCAUAUAAACCGACUACGAUUCUGGCCUUUAGAAUCUGUCCUAAAAGAGAAAUAUCUUAUGGAUCCCGAAGACGCACAUUUACUAGCCACGUUCUUAUCCCCCAUGUUACAUUAUUAUCCAGAUUCAAGAGCCACAGCAGCUGAAAUGGUGAAACAUCCAUGGUUGGAAGGAGUUGUCGUACAAGGAGAGAUUGAACUGGCUUUACGUGAGAGGAGAGAGGUUUUACCUAAUUCUGGUAAAGAUGGGAAAUCAACCAGUCAAAUGGAAGAUCCAAAAGUCGUCACUUCAUUUGAGAAGAAUAAAGAUAAUCAUGUGGAUGGUGAUUCAGUCAAAUCAACUGGGGAGGGAAAAGGAAAAGGGAAAGGGAAAGGGAAAGAAGUAUCAAUUGAGGAAGCUAUAAAGUUAGGUCCAUCAGUGAGUGGUAUGGUAGGAAUGGGAAGAAUAUGA